CGGGAGAGGAAUCUAAGGGCUGCAUUUGGAGAAUUACGUCCCUUUUGUGUGCAUCGUGCCACCGUACUUGUCAAGUUUUGUGAUCGGAUUCUUCUAAGACUGGCAUGAAUUCCCUGGAUUUGGCUUGGUUAUUGUCUGCGCCUACUGCGGUACUCUUUUUGGCUGUAACUUGAAAAAAAGCUUCUCUCGCUUCGAAGACAUGGAUAAGGAGUUCUGAAACGGGAUUUGUUAACCCUUUUAAUCUGGAGUUGGAGGUAAAUAACAUUGGACCCGUUUCGACUAAACCGGAUAGCACAUCCAGGUCCGGGAGAGUAAAGGGCAGGUGCGCUUUGGAGUCGGCGGCUGCGCGGAGAGACCGGGCUAGUGGAUUAGGACGGUACCUGUCUGUGGAGAGCGCGUCAUGCGGACUCGGGUGUCGCGCAGUAGAAGCCAUUAAAACCUGUAGGCUGGAGCUGACAGAUAAGCGGAUAUGGGCUCUGCUCUGCGGCGUCGCUGGCUAGUGGUCCAACUCCUGAUGCAGGUGUGGCUGGCGGCAAAUCCAUCUUUGAGCGAGCGCCAAUGCCCCAAGAGCUGUCGCUGUGAUGGGAAAAUUGUCUACUGUGAGUCCAGCGCCUUUCGAGAUGUCCCCAAGAACCUCUCUGGAGGCUGUGAAGGCCUGUCUUUACGGUACAACAGCCUCGUCAGUCUUCGAGCAGGCCAGUUUGUAGGCCUCAACCACCUCAUCUGGCUCUACUUGGACCACAAUUACAUUGCCACUGUGGAUGUAAUGGCCUUUCAGGGGGUCCGCAGGCUCAAGGAGCUGAUCCUGAGUUCCAACAAGAUCACGUCCCUCCACAACACCACAUUCCACCCUGUCCCUAAUUUGCGAAAUCUGGACCUGUCGUAUAACAAACUGCAAGCCUUGCAGCCUGGGCAGUUCCAGGGCCUACGGAAGCUUCUCAGCCUACACAUACGGUCAAAUUCCCUGAAAACCGUCCCAAUGCGUCUUUUCCAAGAUUGCAGAAAUCUUGAGUUUCUGGAUCUGGGAUACAACCGCCUGCGCAGUAUCACCCGGAAUGCAUUUUCAGGCCUAGUGAAGCUCACUGAGCUGCAUCUGGAGCAUAAUCAGUUCUCAAAGAUCAAUUUCUCACACUUCCCUCGCCUCUACAAUCUGCGGGCGCUUUACCUGCAGUGGAAUCGCAUUCGCUCAAUGAGCCAGGGCCUGACCUGGACUUGGGCCUCCAUCCAGAAACUGGAUCUGUCUGGAAAUGAUUUGAUGGAAGUUGAUGCUGUGGUUUACCAAUGCCUACCCAACCUGCAGACCCUCAAUCUGGACUCCAACAAGCUGACCAACAUCUCCCAGGAGGUGGCUGAUGCCUGGAUCUCUCUGACAACGAUUAGCCUAGCUGGGAAUGUAUGGGACUGUAGCCCUGCGAUCUGUCCUCUGGUGUCAUGGCUGAGGAAUUUCAAAGGUGCAAAGGAGACCACGAUGAUCUGCGCUUCCCCCAAGAAAGCCCAGGGUGAGAAAGUGAUGGACGCUGUCGAAGCUUUUGGUGUUUGUCAAUCGAACCAACCGGCAACGCUCACUGUGAGUAUUCCUCCAUCCCCGUCCAGCAUCCCUGGUCUAUCAGAGGCCCCACAUUGUCAGCUGUUACCCCCCCCUGUGGCACCUCCGCCAGAACAAGACAUGGAACCUGUGUCCUUCCAUAAGAUUGUGGCUGGAAGCGUCGCCCUUUUUCUAUCGGUUGCCAUGAUCCUGUUGGUUAUCUACGUGUCUUGGAAGCGCUAUCCUAGUAGCGUCAAGCAGCUGCAGGAGCAUUCGGCAGCAGCCCGAAAACGUCGCAAGAAAGCCAGAGAGACGGAGCGCACCCUGAGCUCUCCACUGCAGGAGUACUAUGUGGACUACAAGCCCACCAAUUCUGAGGCCAUGGACGUGCUCGUGAACGGGACCGGACCCUGCACCUACACCAUCUCAGGCUCCCGAGAAUGCGAGGUCCCCCACCAGUUGGGCGCGCUGACCUUCUACCGCUAUGAACAGCCUAUCGUUGACUACUGCCAGGCCCAUCAACCCCUGCGGCUCAACAUGGGCUAUGAGGGACCCCCACAGGGCCUGGAGGGCCUGGAUGACCUGGGGCCGUGUGAUAGGGGCACCAUUCAGACAGUGGCGCUGCCUGCCGUGCCCACUGCCGCCAGCAUAGGUGCCUCCGUGCCAGGGCCUCGUUCUCCUCCGCCAAUCCUCAGACCUCCGACUGAAGGUCCAAGUGGCGUGUCUUAUCCUACCAUCGAACGCACCGGCACACUCAAAUUCGGACGUUAGCGAGCCGGAUCUGGUGGUUAGAAAGUGGGGCAAGGGCCUCUGACUCACCGUGACUUUGUAAUGAAGGGGCAGGUGAGCUGGUUAUUCAGUGGGGCCUUGUCCUCAGAACAUGAGUAUGUGAACUAGAGGACAACACUUUUCUAAUUCCGCCUGAAGGGACUUGGAAUCUGAAACACACAGUCUCACUAAUAUACAGCAGAGCGUGGAACAUCCUUGCAGAUCAUUUUGUUUUCUUUUUUCCAAAGCACUCCAUAUAAAACACGUCUGAAUCAUGGGAGGUAAUCCAGCGUAUGUCAAAAAGUAUUACCUUGUUUCCAAAUCUGGGUCUUGGCCAUAUCCCAUCAUGGGGCCCCUGUUCACAGCAGUCCACGUGUACUAAGUCUGGAAUAAAAGGGAAAGUGCAAUAAACAUGAGUUCUCCAUCCCAGAAAGUGGGAGCAGUAACAUAAAACAUAAACGAGAUGGGAGCUGGACAUCAUGUGAAGAGGAUGGGGCUUCUUACUGUGAUUAGUUUUAAAAUAUUAAGUCUGUAUAGUUGUUAAAAAAAGGCAAAUACAUUAAUCAUUUAUUUCACAAAGAUGAGUCAUUCUCUCAAGACAAUGUUAUAGAAUUUGUAUUUCCUUAAACUUGUUUUCUUAUGUUUCUGUUGACGUAGGAUUUCACGUUGAUUUCUAUUAUGUGCAUGUCAAACCAAAGAGUUUACUUACAUUUAUUGUUAAAUAUAUCAGAGCAUUCUUAAAAUGGUCUUCUAAACCAGCCCCUGCCAACUUACAUUCACAAUUUCAACCACAUCCGUGCUGCGUUCCAAUGAAAUGGGCUUUGCUUUACAGCUUAGCAAAGUACCAACGCAAGUGAGAUAGUGAAGCUUACAUUUUAGAGAUAUUUAUCAUAAUAAUGACCUGGUCCUCCCAACAUUAAUUUGACUGUAAUUCAUGAUCUUGGAGACACAAUGAACAGCAACAACCACACAAACACUUCUGGAGAGACAUAAUGGUAUGUUCCAUAAGAUUCAAUGAACAUCCAUGGGAUCUUUUCACAGCAGGUCUUUGUAUAUGAUUAUAUCCCAGCUGAACGAUUCACUAUUUGCUUUAAAGAGGUAACCAUUGGGAUUUCAUGUGGUUAAACAUUGGAAUGCAAAGUAUUGUACAUAUUCUUACAAAAGGUCCACUUUACUGACGGUCAAACCACUCUCACUGCCCCAAACAGACAACUAAAACAAAGUCAAUGUGCGACUGGACAAUUUGGAGUGCACCAUCUUGCAGGGUUCCGAAAAAAGCUAAGGCCUUGUGCUCCCAUCAACCCUCCACUACAGAGAGCAGCAGUGUCUAGUGGGGGCAUGUUGAACCAGCACGUUGACUUCUCUUUAUCCUGCGUGUGAACCCAUGGACUGUACGCGUGUGGGGGUAUUGCCUGACAGUUCCCUUUUUUUUCCAGAAGGCUUGCCUGCAGUGUUGGACUUUAUUGCACUUGUAGGCCUUUGGUCACCGUGCCAAUCACUGCUACUCACUGACUUGUGAAGCUAAUGAGGACUUCACAAACGGCUGUGAUGGCCUGUCAAAUAUCAUCUGCAGAUUAAUCGGAGCAGAUUCCUUCAUGUCAGUGGUCGUUCCCAAGGGAGUUGUGGAAACUGUGCUUGGUCCUCCCAUGGCGUGACUGAUUGAUCUACAUGAAAUUGCAAGGGGCCAAAUGUACCCACAGAUAGUGGAUGUAUCCUCAAGAUAAUAGAGGUGUUUUUUUUCAUUGUUUUGUUAUUUGAUCUUUUUGGCUUGGAACAUAAAAGACUCGUGUUCAAAGAUGAUGUCAAGAAAUUCUAUAAGACUAAUCAAAGGACACAAUCGAAUAGAACUUAUUUAUCGUGUAAAUAGUGAAUCUUUAAAGAUGUUGAAAAAAAAAGUAUGAACUUCACUUCUUCUGAAACACAUACUGCUUGUGAACAGAAGAGGAGCCUUAUUCACUUUCCGGCGGGAACCAAGAUGACUCGGAGAAGAGGUUCCUACUGUACCGCUCCUGUUGUUUCAAUGAUAACUAUUUUUAUAUCUGCUCCCGACACUAUUGUACCAUUAAACACUAAUUAUGUUACAGAGGUUAUUUCUCAAAUCCAAUCAUUUUACUGAAUCACAGGAAGAAGGGAAUUUCGGGAGCCCUGUUAUUAUGACAUACCGCAAGCGUCAAACCUCACAGAGAUCCACAUUUUCUGUUCUGACUUCAGACAUGUUUCCUCUUGCAGGAGGUGUCCUCACAAUGUGUUGUUAGGUACAUCCCAAUCCAACCCUCUUGUUUUAGAAUUACAAUGGUAUCUGCCAUUUCACGGCAAGUGUGCUUUUCUUUACACCAAGAGUUUAACUUGGGAAGGAUGUUUCUUUUCGAUGUGCCAUAAUUUUGUUAAAUGUUUUACCAAAAACCAGCCCCAAAACAAGAAGUGACCGAAAACUUUUCGCGUCUGAGAAGGGUUCAGUCCCCUUUGUGUACAGGACAUAGCAUAAAAAAAGCAGUUGAUUCGCUCAGUACGGUUGCUUAAUAGUGCUGGUGGAGUUUACUUUGUAAUAGCAGCUGUGCCAAUGUCUUUAUAAUGGGAGCUCUCUCGAUUCUAUCCAUGUAUUGUCUUGCCUUGCUCUAUAUCGCCCCUGCUAACUCCUUGGCCUGAAUUUCAUGUCUGCCUCCGGGUGACUCGGGUGAACCUGUUUAAUGAUGUUCUAUUUCUGUCCGCAUGCUGAUAUUUUGGGAAACUAUGCCCGGUUAGGGAAGAGCGCUGAACCAGAGACAAACAGUAUGGGAGAUAUUUCCUGUCUGGAAUGCCCUAGAACCAGCAGCACGUGUCACGGAGGACUUCACUGUUUUUAAAGCAACUUGUUUGCUGACCCAUUCCUGCCCCUGUCUCGCCUAAAGUAGAAUUCCCUGGUACAAUAAAAGCCGGAAAAAGAGGCCUGAGUCGGUCCUUCACUUCUGGGACAGCCUUCCCUUCUUUCUUUUUUUAUUGGUCUCCUGCUAAAGCCCAGUGCAACAAUAUGUAGUAGUUACUUCCGCAGUGAUAAUGGUUCAAUUCAGUCUAAACACUAUGAUCAAAGCUACCUUCAUGUGUAAUUAGGAAAUGCUAUUAAAACCUUUGUCUAUUCACAAUUAAAUCAACUACUAAUAAGCAAUUGAUUAAUCAUGACUUCCGCCCAGAUAAAAUCGUAUAUGUUCAGCGGAAUGUUCCAAUCCGGCUGCCAGUAAUUAUUUCGUCUUUUGUCCAUUUUCUUUUUCGCCAUCAGAGAGCUGGAAGCACAGGCGCUGCAUGCUAAUGAUGCAUGUUUGAGCUGAACCCCAGGACUGUCUGCGCUAGCCCCACCAACAGGCUUUAUUUUCUCUUCUGCCUUGUUUGUUUAUGGUUUGGUACACCCCGAGAUCCACCCCCCCUCCUCCCCCCCCCCCAUCCUCCAGUCUUUGACUUUGGUCCCCAUUGGGAGCAUUUGUCUUUUUUACCCAUCUCU